AUGCUUGUCGCUUCUGCCAGUACGGUGCGACAGGGUGCGACGCCAGGAUUGCCGUGGACGGCUACGCUUUCUUUUCCCUUGGGUAUUCCAUUCCAAGGUUUGCUUGGGUAUGUGGCCAGGACCCCUUCGGAGCGUGUGCCCUAUCCAUCCCUACUUGCAGCGCUUGAUCUAUCGGUCGAUUGGGCUUUCGUGGCAUUUCUCCAAAAGCUCUAUGUUGGAGAUUGUCUCGGGCCAGUAAAUUCCGAGAAUGCUGGCCUAAGAAUUAGCACGCGAAAGACCAAAGAAAUUAAAACGGUUGUGAAGAAUCCUACAACGUUGCUGAUUGGCACAGAGGCAGUGGAACGCGUCAUCUCGGGAGCGUCGUGUCCGAGACUGGGGGUACUGAAGAAGACAUCACUUCAAGGAUCGCAAAAGCCCGAGCUACUUUCGCGCAGCUGA